GGUUGCCGCUUAACCUGGCAGAGAGACUGUCCAGGGCAUCCCCAGUGCCAUCCCUGCUGGAAUCUGCCGAGGGCCCAUCCACACCACAGAUGCUGAUCCUGAGCUGCUCCUCCAAGCUGCGGCUGCUAGAGGGGACACUACAGAGGGGCUUCCCCAAUACAUUGCCGGUCUAUGGCACUGUGAUGGCCAUAAACCGGGGGAACCCAGCUGCGCAGGAGGUGCUGGUGGAUUCAUGGCCUGACUUCAAAGUCGUCCUCACCCGGCCGCGCAGAGAGGUGGCAUCGGAUGACUCUGAUUUCUACACCAACACAUACACAGUGUACUACCGGGACCUAGGUGCCCACCGGGCGCUUCUGGGCAGUGCGGAUGCUGUCAACUGGGGACAGACCUUCUGCAUCCUUGGGCUCCAGGAUGGAGCGUAUGAAGUCUCCAAGGACAUCGCCGAGGCUAAGGGGAUCAAGCUGGAGGUGCUCCGCUACUUCACCUAUUUUCACCCAGAUCCCAGCUCCAUGCCUGAGAUCAGGCUGGACCUGGCCAUGAGGCUCUCGUCCCUGGAUGUCUCCCACGCCGACCUGCUGAAUGAGACAUGGGCCUUUGGGGGGAACGAGAAAAGCAGGAAGUACCUGGCCAGCGUGAUCCGCCACUUCCCCAGUGUCUGCCUGCUGGAUGCUGCUGGCCACCUGGUCAGCUGGGCCGCUUCAUACCCGUUUGGUGCCAUAGGGCUUUCCUACACUCUGCCCCAGCACCGGCAGCGCGGCUACAUGGGGAUGCUGAAUAAUUUGAUAGCCAAGCGGUUGCACGCACUAGGCUAUCCCAGCUACGGCUAUGUGGCUAUGGAGAACUACCCCAUGCAGAGGUUGCAGGAGAGGCAGGGCUUCCAGCGCCAGCCCAACCUGUGCUACUUCAUUCUUCAUAACCCAGCAGCGGCAAAAGCCCCCACAUUAACCCCCAGCCCAGCACAAGGCACAGCCCCCACAUGA